UGGCAAACAAAAGUAAUUCUUAAACCCUGUCUGUCUGUUUGUCUCACAGCCUCUUAUUUCGUUUUAAAACCCUAAAACACUGACUCUUCUUCAACUUCUUAUCCGGCAGCCACAAACUGGAAACCGGAGAAUCGAGGUUGCAUAAUGCCCGUUAAGCUCUUCCCACAGCUCCGUCUCCUCAAGCCCACUCUUCCGGUCACCGGUUUCCCUCUGACUAUGAGACCCGGAGCUUGGGUCCAACCCUCUCAUCGGGUCAUACCCGUUUUCUCUCGCGUAUUCCCAUUGAGGCUUAGAUACUCUGGUGGUCGCGCUCUCCAUCUACUUCGCAAUGAAAAUGGAGAAUUGGGUGUUCGAAGAUUCUCCACUCGGCAUUUGGGAAAGGAGGCUCGAAGGGCAUCAUCGUCAUCUAAGAGCUUGAUUGAAGAUGAGGCUGAACUCAGUGAUUGGGUUAGUGAUUUGAGGACCGACUCUUUCCGAGGCCAACUCACUAGCGAAGACGAAGCCUCCGAUGUAAAUAGAGUUAGGAAUAGAACGAGAGACCGGGAUAGUAAGGGUGGUAGGGAGUCAAAUUCAAUGAUGAACAAGAGGAGGAGGUCGAAGGAGUCGUUUGAUGAGUCGAAUCGGAAUUCGAGGGUGAGUAGGCGGUUUGGGAGUGCAUUGGAAGACAAUGAGGGUGAGGGGGAAGGUGUGUCGUGGAGAGCAAAUGGCGGGUUUCGAAGUGGGAAUGAGAUGGGAAGGAAAGGUGGGAGAGAGAUGGAUAAAGGGUAUGAGAGAAAUAGGAAUGUGAUGGGGAGAAGAGAGGUGGAUAAGGGGUAUGUUAGAGAUAGAAAUGUAAAUAGAGGUAGUGAUGGUUUAAGGAAAGGCGUGAAGGAUUCGAUAAAGCAACUGCGAUGGAUGGAUGAUGAUGUGAAUGUGCGAAGUAGAAAUGUAAAUAGAGGUACCGAAGGGUUAAGAAAAGGCGUGAAUAAUUCGAUGAAGCAGGAUUUGAUAAAGGAACCACGUUGGACGAAUGAUGAGGAUGGAGAGAAGUUAUUGCCUACUAUAGGGGAUUUGCUUAGUGAGGAAGAUAGUGAUAGUCAAGAUGAAGAAGAUGAUGAUGAUGAUGAUGAAUUGUUGAAGAAGAGUGCAAGCUCUAUGUUUGGAUUAGAUGAUGAAGUGAGUGCAAGGGUGUUACCAAGGCCUUCAUCCUCAAAGUCUGACACUCAAUCUUAUUUAAGCGAAACUCGAUUUGAUCAAUGUUCAGUAUCUCCAUUGUCAUUAAAAGGAAUCAAAGAUGCUGGGUAUGAGAAAAUGACCGUGGUACAAGAGGCAACUCUUCCAGUAAUACUGAAAGGCAAGGACGUUCUGGCCAAGGCUAGAACAGGCACUGGAAAAACUGUAGCAUUUUUGCUUCCAUCAAUCGAGGUUGUUGUAAAGUCACCUCCUAUUGGUCGUGACCAAAAGUGGCCCCCUAUUCUUGUGCUUGUGAUAUGCCCAACUCGAGAGCUUGCAAGCCAAGCUGCUGCAGAGGCUAAUAUCCUGUUGAAGUAUCAUCCUUCUAUUGGUGUUCAAGUUGUAAUAGGAGGAACAAGACUUGCUCUGGAACAGAAACGCAUGCAAGCAAACCCUUGCCAGAUUCUUGUUGCUACACCUGGAAGGCUCAGAGAUCAUAUUGAGAAUACCGCAGGUUUUGCAACUAGGCUGAUGGGUGUGAAAGUCCUUGUACUUGAUGAAGCUGAUCAUUUACUAGACAUGGGAUUUCGUAAAGACAUUGAGAAGAUCAUUGCUGCUGUUCCUAAACAUCGACAGACGCUUUUGUUUUCUGCCACAGUUCCUGAAGAGGUCCGUCAAAUCAGUCACAUUGCUUUGAAAAGAGAUCAUGAAUUUAUCAAUACAGUUCAAGAAGGCACUGAGGAGACGCAUUCACAGGUCAGACAGAUGCAUUUAGUGGCUCCUUUAGACAAGCAUUUUUCCCUACUGUAUGUUCUUCUAAAAGACCAUAUUGCAGAUGAUGUCGACUAUAAGGUUCUUGUAUUCUGCACAACUGCCAUGGUCACACGGUUGGUUGCUGACCUUCUUGGGGAGCUGAACUUGAAUGUCAGAGAGAUCCAUUCUAGAAAGCCACAGAGUUACAGAACCAGGAUAUCUGAUGAAUUCAGGAAGUCAAAGGGUCUUAUCCUUGUGACAUCUGAUGUAUCUGCACGUGGAGUAGAUUAUCCAGAUGUUACCCUUGUCAUACAGGUGGGUUUGCCUUCUGACAGAGAACAGUAUAUACAUAGACUUGGUAGAACUGGGCGUAAAGGUAAAGAAGGGCAAGGCAUAUUGUUACUAGCACCUUGGGAGGAAUUCUUUUUAUCUACUAUCAAGGAUUUGCCAAUAUCGAAGGCUCCAGUACAUUUGAUUGAUCCAGACACAAAGAAAAAGGUUGAACGAGCACUAUCCCAAGUGGAGAUGAAGAACAAAGAAACAGCAUACCAGGCCUGGCUUGGUUAUUACAAUUCCAAUAAGAAAGUGGGCAGAGACAAGCAUAGGCUUGUGGAGCUUGCUAAUGAAUUCAGCCGAAGCAUGGGGCUUGACAACCCUCCUGCAAUUCCCAAGCUUGUCCUUGGCAAGAUGGGCCUAAGAAAUAUCUCUGGUUUGCGCUCCAAAUAAUUCCAAAGCUCCGCCUUUUUGUUUUCUACCUAUUUAACUAAUUAACUAAUUAAUCGCCCCCCACCCCCCCCCCCCCCCCCCAAAAAAAAAUAUAUAUAUAGAUCUUACUGUGAGUUGACUUUUUUUUUGGGAAAUACCCCUGGAAUAUUUGGUUAUUAUCAAAUAGUUUAUGAUGAAUGUAUUCUUUGACA